GCCUUUUAUCUUCCUGCGUUUUUUAACAUCUAAUUCUUAGAAAAUGCUUCACGAGUCCUGCCUAUUGCUUCCAUUUCAUGAUGUGUUCACCAUUCACUCUUCAUUCUCCUUCUGAAGCAGCUCAAGAACGAACACACAACUCUUCGACGGCCAUGUAUUCACCCCCUCCACCUACAGAGACGCCGCCUCCCCUGACUUCACCGUUGCCGGAGUCCAUUUCGUCUUCGGCUGAACCUCCAUACUCCUCCCCACCUUCCCCUUCCCUGACUUCAGCGGCGCUGUUUGACCCGCUGUCUCCAGAGUCACCUCCCCCUCCCCCGACUUCGGUUGCACCUUCAUACUCCUACGCACCUCCCCCUCCCCCGACUUCGCCGGAGCCCAUUCCCCCUUCGUUUAUACCUUCAUACUCCUACCCACCUCCCCCUCCCCCGACUUCGCCGGAGCCCAUUCCCCCUUCGGUUGUACCUUCAUACUCCUACCCACCUCCCCCUCCCCCGACUUCGCCGGAGCCCAUUCCCCCUUCGGUUGUACCUUCAUACUCCUACCCACCU